AGGAUAGCGAUACCACAAGCUGAACGCGGUGUUGUUCCUCUUUUAAAUAACUGAUGACGACGCCAGUUGGAUCCUUUUUGUAUUUUCCUGUCUUCUCUUUUGCCCCAUUCGCGUCAUAUGUUUAGACACUCUUUACUCUGUACUGCGCUUGAAUAUAAAUCUCAGGGCCUUCGACGUAUUAUUUAGAGACUAGAGAAACCCAUUUGUCGCAGUUUCGUCUUUGAGGAGAAACUCGACCCGUUAGGCGCCAAUAGCUAAAUAUGUCUUUGAAAGGUCUUCUACGAAAGAAAAAUAAAAGUGACAACCGCCCGCAGGCAUCCUCUACUGGUCUACUGGCGCCACCGGAAUUCAAAUUCAUUAGAUCGGAUACAUAUACGCAGGAAGACAUCGAGCCACCUAGUUUUGGCGACUCGCCACUGACAAGUCACUCGGAAGCCAGAUAUGCCGGUUCCUUACACUGUUCGUCCAGUGCCUCCAACAAUGGAUCUCUUUGCCAUGAGCAGUCGCCGCAAAGGGAGAAGGAUACGAGGCGUAUCUCUCACCGUCUGCGUUUGGGUCGAAGGUCCAGAUCUGGCAGCGCUUCUUCCGUGAAUAUUCCCACCGACCUACCGUCGGUCGCAAAUGAUAGUGAUGCACAGGAGCGAGAGGCUCAAUGGGAAAAGCGAGCGACACUGUUGGCGCAGGGGCCCAUUAGCGUGAGGCCGUCAUCACCUCUGUCUCCCCAUCAGCGACCGCGAAGCCCCAGCACUGGAAGAUUAAGUGGUCGGGAGGAUGAUGUGGAUAUCCAAGAGGCUAUUCGACUACACGAGGCAGGGGAGCUGACCAGGUCAACCGAGAUGUUCAAGUGCCUUGCCGACCCAAACGGCCAAAAUAAUGCGCUGAGCCAAGUCCUUUACGGCCUGGCGCUCAGGCACGGAUGGGGAUGUGAGCGUAAUCCUGAAUCGGCUGUCACAUAUCUCUCGGCGGCGGCAGCAAAUUGCGCCUCCAUUGAAGCGGAAGCGUUAAACGCCGGAAUAAAAAAAGGCGGAUCAGCAAAAGGCGAGCUAGUUCUAGCCAUUUUUGAGCUAGCCAACUGUUUGCGUCAUGGCUGGGGCAUAGCAAAGGAUCCAGUGGCUGCCAGGCAGUAUUACGAAACUGCGGCCAAUCUAGGCGACACUGAUGCGAUGAACGAAGUUGCAUGGUGCUAUCUUGAAGGAUUCGGGGGGAAAAAGGAUAAAUACGUAGCUGCAAAGUACUAUCGUCUGGCAGAAGAGAAUGGAAGUAAAACUCUUGGUAACACAUGGAUAUGGAAAGAAAAAUACAAUUCCAAAUGAAUAGACCCGUUUCGGUCAUGGUAUAUCGCCAUUUAUUUUGUCUUGAGAGUUUCGGGCGUAUAUGCCUCGGGGUUGCUUCACUUGGAAUUUGAUUUCAAUAAGCAAUAAUGACUUGGCAUCUGUACACAUUGAAGAUUAUUUCAUUUUUGUUGGGCGUAUUCAUGUAGGCCUGCAAUAUUGGGAGACUUAAGGGUGGUACAAUAUCUUUAUGCAUAAUCAUUUUUAUAUAGUCUGCAUGACAUUCUUUUGAAAGCA